AUGAGGUUCCUGUGGCCCCUGUUCUUCCUCCUGUGCCUUCGUGUCCUACCCAGCACCGAGGCCAAACACCAGAUCUCCGACGACAAGACGUCGCAGCUCCCACCACCAUUGGCAGGCAAGAUGCCCAAGAACUCUGUAACAAGCUCAGGAGGGUUCAGCACAAAGGUUGGCCAUAACUGUACUUGGGAUACGUCUGGGGAGGGCGUGGUGAAUCUGCUGGUCAGCUGUAACUCUGGGGAGCAGACCUACUGGUGCCGCUACACUGGACAGCCAGACUUGUGCCAAGCCUACAGUGACAGGAAGGCACAGGUCAGGCACUGGAAACAACUGGUGGGCAAGCUGAAGAAGAGGAGCAAUGCGUGCAAAGGGGAGAAAGUGCUGAAGACCCCCACCUGCAAGGCCCCCAUGAACUCCCACAUGAAGCUCAAAGAGAAGGGGAACAGUGGAGGAGAGAAGGAUCCAUUGCCCCUGGUUCCUGAAUUGGUAGAGAAGGAGGAGAAGAAAGAGGAUAGGACUCUGUUGGAGGAGAGGAAUUGGGAUGGAGAGAUAAACGACAUGGAGCCAGUGGAGAAUUACUGUGCCGAGGGAUGGCAUUCUGUCUGUUCUUUCUUUGUAAGGUUUUUUGAAGGUUAA